AUGGUCAGAGGAAGAGGAGGAAUGAUCCGAGGGCGUGGAGGAAUAGGCCGUGGAAUGGGUUUCAUAAGAAAGCAAUUUUUGCUAAGACAUUUAUUUGACUACACACUUUGCGAAGCGGCGUUUCCACCCGUUAAACCCAUGCCGGAUGAGUCGGACUUUACUAUGGCUUUGCUGAAGAAAAAUUCUGACAUGUGUCCGACUCCUAAGGAGCAGACUGCAAUUUUGGAUCUUACUGUUAAAUUGCAGAGUGUUUUGGAUAAUUUAAUUGUUGCUCCGGGAACUUUUGAAGCUUGUCAAUUGGAAGAAGUAAGAAAAGUCGGUAGCUUCAAAAAAGGAACAAUGAUAAAAGGCCACAACAUAGCAGACAUUGUUGUGAUCUUAAAAACUCUCCCAACAAAAACAGCCGUAGAAGCUCUUGGCAACAAAGUCUACUUGGAUUUAAAGACUGUUAAUCCAAAAGACGUGUUCAAGCUAACCCAGACCGAGCGUGGAUUCGACAUUGCCAACAACGAAGCAACAGUAAGAGUUCUGAUAACAACUCUGCACCAAAAUCUCCGAAAGCUGGAGUCUGAUCAGCACAUUGAUGUAAAAAUCUGCCAAGGACAUUUGGCCGCGAUAAGACACUCGCGUUGGUUUGAAGAGAACGCUCACCAUUCCAGCAUCAAGAUCUUGAUUCGGUUGUUGAGAGACUUGCGGAGCCGGUUCGAAGGUUUCGAACCUCUUUCUCCUUGGAUGCUUGAUUUGCUGGCUCAUAAUGCUAUCAUGAACAAUCCUGGGAGACAAGCUUUGCCAAUUAAUCAAGCUUACCGACGAGUUCUUCAACUUUUGUCUUCUGGAUUAUUUUUACCGGGUUCAGCAGGUAUUUCGGACCCAUGUGAAAGCGGAAACAUCCGAGUGCACACAGCAAUGACCCUUGAGCAACAAGACCAAGUCUGCCUGACUGCCCAAACCUUGCUGCGCGUCCUAGCUCACGGUGGCUACCGUCCUCUUUUGGAAGGAGGCAACAAACUCGCGGUUGAAAUGAGCGUCUGGCCAGGUGGCGUCGUCGCCAGUCCUCUAGACAAAGCCUACGAGCCUCCAACUGACCAGGAGCAGCAAGAAGACAUGGACGAGAGCAACGAGGAAAUGAUGACUGACACAACAUAA